AUGUCCGUCACCUACGGCAUCGACGUCCUCCCGAAGAACGAUCCCUACAUCGAGACGGCGGAAAAGAGCCUUCGGGCGGUCCUCGACGCCGCCGUCCCAGGCGCCUUCCUUGUCGACAGCCUCCCCUGGCUGAAGUAUCUACCCGAGUUCCUCCCAGGAGCCGGGUUCAAGAGGAAGGCGAGAGAGUGGCAUAAAUUAGCGCGCAUGAUGGUCGAGAAUCCGUACGAAGCUGCAAUGCGCAAUAUGGACGCUGGGGUAGGUCGCUCUGAACCUUCGUUCUUGACCAUAGGAUUGGAGGCUAUGCGAGCGAAUGAGAAAGGAGGCGCGAUCACAGAGAAUGUGAUUCAGGACAGCGCAGGUGCCAUCUAUGCAGCUGGCUCAGACACGACAGUCGCCACAAUAGCAUCAUGCAUACUCGGCCUCUUGUCCAGGCCGGAUGUUCUAGAGAAAGCUCAGACCGAAAUAGACAGUGUUAUCAAACCGGGACACCUCCCAGAGUUCGAAGACGAGCCAUCCCUGCCCUAUGUCACGGCUAUAGUGAAAGAGAGCCUGCGGUGGUUCGCGGUAGCGCCCACAGCUAUUCCUCACCUGCUGGAAGUUGAAGACGAAUACAAGGGUUAUCGACUCCCAGCUGGGUCAAUUGUCAUGGGGAAUUCAUGGGCGAUGCUCAAUGACGAAAAAGUCUAUCCUGAUCCUUCCACGUUCAAUCCCGAUCGAUUUAUGAAAGGUGGAAAGUUGAAUCCGGACAUUCGUGAUCCCGCCCAUGCGUGUUGGGGCUUUGGAAGACGCGUCUGUCCUGGCCGAUAUCUCGCGUUCUCUUCUGUUUGGAUCAAUGUCGCGUCCAUGAUUGCGGCUUUUGAUAUCAAGAAAGCGACCGACACCUAUGGGAACGUGAUAGAGCCCAACACGGAGUUUGUCUCUGGUCUAGUAUGCGGAUGGAGGCCGUUUCAAUGCUCCAUCACGCCUCGUUCAAGGGAAAUGGAAUUGCUGAUCCGCUCCAACGCCGCCAGAGAAGACUUCUAG